AUGUUCAACGCCCUCAAUCGAUUCAUCUCCCGGCUGGAUUCCGACGCUCCGGCCCAAAGAUCAGAUCACAAUGCCUUCGGAUUCCAGGUCCUGAGGAACAAGACGUUAGAGCUAGCCAUUGAGCCUUGGUUCGACUUCAUCGUGGGGAUCAAUGGCCGGAUGAUCGAUGACUCCGACCCAGCUCUUUUUGCGCAGGAGAUUCGCAACUGCGCCGGAAGCACUGUGACCCUCGGGCUCUGGAGCGCAAAGGGCCAGCGGACACGAACGAUUCACAUCCCCGUCCCAGCCGAGAAGCCCUCCCUGGGCCUCACGCUGCAGUGGACAUCCAUCUCCACCGUCUCCAACAUCUGGCACAUCCUCGACGUGCCCGCCAACUCGCCCGCCGACCUGGCCGGGCUCCUCCCCUACAGCGACUACAUCCUCGGGACUCCGGAGGGGUUCCUGCACGGCGAGAGCGGGCUGGGCGAGCUGGUCGAGGACCACAUCGGCCGGCCUCUGCGGCUGUAUGUCUACAAUAACGAGUACGACGUCACCCGCGAGAUCACCAUUCAUCCAAGCCGCGACUGGGGCGGCGAGGGCGCGCUGGGAUGUGUCCUUGGGUACGGAGCUUUGCACAGAUUGCCUGCACCGCUAAGCGAGCCGGUUGCUGGACCAGGAGAGAUGCUGUUUGAGACGGAGACCGCAAGGUUCUCGAACGAGGACAUGAGGCCGGGCUCUGGGGGGUACCUAGUUCCAGGCGAGGCUUUGGCGCCAGGAGAUUUCUUGGUUCCCGCCCAGAUGAUCGCACCGGCUGUGGGAGCGGCUGCUCCGGCGCGGAAGAAGGAGAAGAAGCAUGCGCAUAUUCCUAAUAAGGGUUUGAUGGAUGACUAUUUCACUGAGGGAGAGCAGAAAAGCAGAGAGUUGGACCAUGCUCCCAAGGCCAUGUCCACGCCGCCUCCUCCGCCGCCGAAGGCCGGGGGUCCACCGAAGGCUGGCGAGACCAAGACUUCGGAGGAAGACAAGAAGAAGGUAGCGGAGACAGAGGAUAGUGGUGUAGAUUAG